AGCAGGAGGCUACAGGGGCGGGCCGGCUGGCUUCCCCUUUCCGGCCGGUCCCCAUGGAGGCGCUGGGGAAGCUGAAGCAGUUCGAUGCCUACCCCAAGACUCUGGAGGACUUCCGGGUCAAGACCUGCGGGGGCGCCACCGUGACCAUUAUUAGUGGCCUUCUCAUGCUGCUACUGUUCCUGUCCGAGCUGCAGUAUUACCUCACCACGGAGGUGCAUCCUGAGCUCUACGUGGACAAGUCGCGGGGAGAUAAACUGAAGAUCAACAUCGAUGUACUUUUCCCGCACAUGCCUUGUGCCUAUUUGAGCAUUGAUGCCAUGGAUGUGGCUGGGGAACAGCAGCUGGAUGUGGAGCACAACCUGUUCAAGCAACGAUUAGAUAAAGAUGGCAUCCCUGUGAGCUCAGAGGCUGAGCGGCAUGAGCUUGGGAAAGUUGAAGUGACAGUGUUUAACCCUGACUCCCUGGACCCUGAUCGCUGUGAGAGCUGCUAUGGUGCUGAGUCAGAAGACAGCAAGUGCUGUAAUACCUGUGAAGAUGUGCGGGAGGCAUAUCGCCGUCGAGGCUGGGCCUUCAAAAACCCAGAUACCAUUGAGCAGUGCCGGCGGGAGGGCUUCAGCCAGAAGAUGCAGGAGCAGAAAAAUGAAGGCUGCCAGGUGUAUGGCUUCCUGGAAGUCAACAAGGUGGCUGGAAACUUCCACUUUGCCCCUGGGAAGAGCUUCCAGCAGUCCCAUGUGCACGUACACGCUGUGGAGAUCCAUGACCUGCAGAGCUUCGGCCUUGACAAUAUCAACAUGACCCACUACAUCCAGCACUUGUCAUUCGGGGAGGACUACCCAGGCAUCGUGAACCCCCUGGACCACACUAAUGUCACCGCACCCCAAGCCUCCAUGAUGUUCCAGUACUUUGUGAAGGUGGUGCCCACGGUGUACAUGAAGGUGGAUGGGGAGGAAGUGAAGUGCUGCUCUCAUCCCCAUAUGAUGGAUGAAAAACUGAGGCUCAGAGCGGGUAGGUGACUUGCCCUCACAGGCAGAGUUCAGGCCCAAGGCUGCCAGUUUUCAAAACACUUCUCUUUUCUGCUGUCCACACUGCCUCCAUCCCUUCCCCUGGGGCCUGUUGCAUCUGCCUCACUGUCCCCCAUGGACUGCACUGGGUGGGGCUUAGCCAGGCCAAGCCUUCCUGAGCCCCUGCUCCCAUCUCUUCUGUGACCAGAGAGCAGUAGAGGUGAGGGACUGGGACAGAAGUCAGUCCUGGACUUGAUACCACACUGAGGGGUUGCCUUGGACCCCUAGUGAGAGCAUCUCCUAGACACAGCUAGGGACAGUAAACUGAUAAGAGCUGGUGACCAAGCCGGGCGUUGUGGUGGGCGCCUGUAGUCCCAGCUGCUCGGGAGGCUGAGGCAGGAGAAUCGCUUAGGCCCAGGAGUUGGAGGUUGCUGUGAGCCCUGUCAUGCCACAGCACUCUACCCAGGGCCAUAAAGUGAGACUCUGUCUCUAAAAAAAAAAUAAAAUAAAAAAAAAAAGAGCUGGUGACCAGAGGGCAAGUCGGGGUGGCAAGGCUGGGAGUGGGAUUCUGGGUCGUCCCCAGGCCUUGCAGGAUUAGCUACCAACAUGGUGCCUCCUAUGUCCCUGCACCCUGAAGGCACAACAGCACAUGGGGCAGGCACCAGGGUGGAGGCUGAAGGGGACAGGAGCUAGGUCACAGACCUGGCCCUGGCCCAGGCUCUCCUCCCACCCCAGGUGCUGAGGACAAAUCAGUUCUCUGUGACCAGACAUGAGAAGGUCGCCAAUGGGCUGUUGGGCGAUCAGGGGCUUCCCGGAGUCUUCGUCCUCUAUGAGCUCUCGCCCAUGAUGGUGAAGCUGACCGAGAAGCACAG